UGUUAGAAAUCCAAUAUGUCUGAACGCUUGAUGCAUUGAGAAGGUUGUAAAAAUCUAAUGACUAUUAUUUUAAAAAUAGGGUUUAUUAAAUAUAUAUUACUUUUAAUGAUUAAUAUUUUAAAUAACGAUGGAAGUGAUACCACCAUCGAUUAGUGAGAAUGUGGAUACAUUCAUUGAGCCAGAAUCAAAUAAAAUUAGUGGUGUAGAAACAAACAAUGUCGUUACUAUAAAUACCGCUGAGUUUCAGGAUCCGUUGGAAUUAUCACUGGAAAUAGAGGCAACAUACGGAUUAAAACCGUGUUUUGUCGAAUUAGAAAGAUGUGAUAAAAUAUGGGAAACAAUACAGCUAAUACGGGAUCUCCAAGAAGAUCCUAAUCCGGAGACGAGUGACGACGAAACUGGAUCAGAAAUGACAGAUGACUAUUACAAUUACGACAAUGAUACUGUUAAUAACGAUGACGCUGAGACGAUUAACGGUGAUGUUGAAAAUAGUAAUUUAACCCCAAUAAAUUAUGACGUGCCUAGUUCAUCACAUCAUGAUACUGAGUCGUGUUCGUCGACCCAAAAUAAUCCUACGGCACCUUACAUCAAGUACCAACCGGUUUUAGGUAAUGGAAACACGGCUUUACCGAAUUUCCAAUUCUCCGUUCAACGCACACGUGUCCUUUAUCCAUGUGUAACAUGUGGUAAGCAAUAUAAUCAUAUAAGGUCGCUAAAAGAACACGAAGAGCGUAUACAUAACAUCAUCCAACCGCCGGUCCGUAAAAAAUCUGACCACGGUAUUAAGAAUGAGACAAAUUCAUCUAAUAAUCAGGAAAAUGAAGUCUCCAAUAACAAUAAAUCAGUUGAAAGUGCUCCUGUUAAAAAUAUACGCAGUGACGAUACAACUAUUGUUGAUACAACCGAGUUCAUUAAGUCCGUUAUGGCAUGUGAACCUGGUACAAGAAUAACUUGUUGUUUCUGUGACAGAAUUUAUUCCGACAAAUACAAUUUGAAGAAACACGUAGUAGCUAUUCACGGUGGAGCUCCUGAAUUGAUUCGAAGUUACAAACGUAAGCAGCCUUCACAGAGUAUUCCUGAACCUGAGCCGGCAGUUGAAGAAGCUAUUCAUCAAGAGCCGCCACAGAAAAAACGACGUGUCGAACGGUCACGAAAUUUGAACGUCUAUCGCUGUGAAACUUGUGGAAAACAUUUUUAUUCCCUUAAAAAUAAACGAGUUCAUAACCGAAAAGUUCAUGGAAUUUAUAUACGUUCACCAGCGGGUAAAAAUGUCAAUAAACAAGUAGGAAAUAAUCACAAUAAUAAUAGUAAAAAAUCUAAUGAAGGAAGUAAAGUUCAAACGAAGUUAUCCUUAUCAUCAAGUUCGUUGACAUAUGAGUCACCAACUAAAAACAGUAUACCUGAAAAUCAAAAUUCAGAAAAUAGUAUCCUUAGAACUUGUCCUAUUUGUAAUUUAAAAACAACAAAAUUGAAUGUUUUUAAGACUCAUUGUAAAAGCCAUGGUAUCACUAUUAAAUUUGAUAAUAUUUAUCCACGUGAGCAAGAUAAAACUGAACUUGAUUGUAAAGUAUGUGGUGAGACUUUUAUGACCUCUAAUCAUGUUGUUGAGCAUUAUUGGAACAUUCACCGUCGAUGUUUACGCUACAAGUGUUAUAUUUGUGGAGCACUGUCUCAUGAAUCAGAAAAUUUAGUUAAACAUUUAUUGAAGGUGCAUAAAGUGUACUUUUUAUUGCGAAAACCUAUUUACAAUUUCCAAUGUCAUGUGUGUAUGAGAAAUUUCUCCAGUAAAAGUGUUUAUCGCAUGCAUGUAACGCAAGGACACGGAUUGGAUUUAAAAACUAAACAAGUUGAAGAGGUAUUGAAAAGUACUGGACGAAUCGAUUAUGAUGCAUCGCCAUUAUUGCCACCACCACCACCACCUCCACCAUUAUUAUCACCAAGAUCAGCAUCGGCAAAGAAACGAGCCAUUAAACGUGGUUUAAAAAGACCGGCUCAAAUAAAACGGCAAGUUAAAGUUGAAAAACCUAGACUACCGUCAACUAGAAAUGGAUUACGAGAAAAAUCAAAGUUUAAUUAUAAUGAAAAUAUUUCAUUGCUAGAUACUGCAGUGAAUUUCAGUAAUUCGUCGUUAGAUGAAAUUCCCAUUGCUCAGAAAAGAACAAGAAGAAGUAGCGCUUUAUCCAAUGAUAAAAGUAAUCAUUCAAUUAGUGAUGAUGUGCCAAUGGAAUCAAAGCCAAAAGAACCAACUUACUGUAUAUUAUGUUCUAAAAAUGGUUUUAAAAAUUUAAGAAAACACUUUUUAGAAUAUCAUAAAGUGCGUGAUCCCGAUCCGUUGAUUGAGCAGUCCUUAAAAAUGAUGCCGGCUACCUCAGAACCUGUUAUAAAAGCUGAAAAAACAGUAAAAAAAGAAGUAAAAAUAGAAAAAAAAAAAGUUGCUUCUCCAGUUAAAAAAGCAGUGAUCAGACGUCGAAGUAAUCCUGAAGCACGUAAAAUAAACGCUCGAGUAAAACAGCAAGUAUCUCCUAUAAAAGAGCCAUGUAUUCCUGGACCACUUCGAACAUUUGCAGCAGUUAGAGAUGAGGAUGGUUCACUUAGAUUUAUAUGUAAAUACUGUCCACUGGAGCUGAAAAGUUAUGAGAAGAUGCGUCGGGAUGAAUAUAGUCAUAGAAGAGAAUUUAGCAAACUCCGUGGCGUUGAAAUGAAACCAUCGAAUCCAAAGUACCUUAAUAUGGAUCCAGAUUUAAUAUUGAAACAAAAAAUUCGCAAGGCUAAUUCAUCAUUAUCAAAAUCUAAUUUACUGAUGGAUGAUCCAGAAUCUUUGCUGCGUCGAUCAUCAUUUCCACUAGAAACAUUUAAAGAAAGUAAUAAUUAUUUAACACAAGAAAGUAUAAAACAAUAUCAAGAACCAAUAGAGCACAGGUGUUCAAAUUGUUCUCGUUUAUUUCGCAACGGUGAUAUACUGGCUUCCCAUAAAAUUUCAUGUAAAGUACGUGUUGAUCAUCAGCAAAUAACAAAUGAUACAAGCGAUACGCGAGAAAGCAGUGAUCGUGAUUCUGGAAUUGGAAUAAGUAUUACAAUAAAGAAGAAAAAUGAUUCAUAUGAAAUAGUAAGUCGUGAUAACAGUGACGAUAGUAAAUCACAAGAUUCGGAAAGUCGUCCAAAUGAGUUACUAUUAACUGAUACUCCUUCUGAUAUACUUCUCAAUGGAAUCAUCCCGAAUCAAAAAAAUAGUGAAGAAGUUUCUACUACGAUCAGUAACAACAACGUCCUUGAAUUAAAUGAAACUCGUGAAGAAAUAAAAAUCCAAAAAAUCGACAAUGAUGAAAAUAUGGAUGUAGAUGCUGAUGACCAAAAUACUAUUCCUGUACCUUCUCCAGUAAUUGUUAAACCACAGGUAACAAAAAGAAAAAUCUCUGCUGGUUGUAGAGUACGUCAAAUUCCAAGUUUAGUUUUAUUGUGUACACAUGCACUGGAUCGAAUACAUGCUAAUGAAUCUUGUACACGAAAAUGUUAUAUUUGCAACACAGAUUGGCCAUCGGCUAUUUCUCGUGCUUCUCAUAUGACUGGAAUUCAUAAAUCAGGACGUAGGUAAUCAAAUAUUGAUAGUUAUGUCUUGACAUAAUUUGUGAAUAGAUUAUUUAUUACUUAUAAUUUUACUAAUUGGAUAAUUUUAGAUUUUGCUUAAAAAUAUAUAAAAGUAAAAUAAUUAUUUAUAAAUAACCGUUUUUUUUUUUUUUUCUUUUUAAUUGUAACAAUUAGACUGACAAUUAAAAUGUCCAAUUUUAAUCUAAAAGAGUUUAUCAAAUUUUUUUGGAAUAAUUAACAUCAAAUACUUGAGUUGAAAGAUUACAAUAAUAAAUCAUUAACAAUUUUGCUAGCCUGGCCCUAAUAACGAUAAGAAAUAUAAACAUUUGAAUUUAUUUUUUUUAUGUGUUAUGUAAGUGUAAAAAAAUUUGCAAUAUGAUUAUCACGAAAAUUAGUUAAAAUUUUUAAAAAAUUUUAAUUGAAAAAAUUAAAAACUAACUACAGCAAAGAAAUGCAUAAUACAAUUUAUAUUGAUAAUUUAUAUAUCAUUUCUACAGAACAAGUUUAAAAAAGGAAAAUAUUGAAACUAUUUGAAUUGUUUGUAAAUAAAUGUAUGAAUAUAAAUAAUAAUUCCAGAAUAAGGAGUUAUAAUUAGAGUGUUAUAACUUUUUACUAUAACUGAAAUAUAAGAAUCACAUUCAUUUUUAUUGUAAUUGUAUUUUUUUAAUCAAAUUGGACAAGCAUUUAUUAUUUGUUUUAAUGCAUUCUAUUUGUUUAUUGUCUACAUAAGAACUAUUUUUGAUUUUUUUUUAAGGGAGAAUUUUUUACAGUUAAUGUUUUUUAAUUUAGAUGUUUAGGUAUCAAUUUUUAAAAAACGAAACGAACUACCAUAGACAAUAAUAUACAUAAUUUUUUUCUGUAUUACUUUUUUUUUUUUAUUAUUUAGACUGAACAUUGCUUCACACUUUACGUAUUUAUUUUCAUUUUGUAUGAUAAUUAAAACAAGAUUCAUGUCGUUAAGUAUGUAAUUGCUAAGAACUGUAAAUAAAGAACCUGAAAAUUAAAUCAUA